AUGCCUUCGGCCGUCGACGAAUCGGUAGAGACUCACAGACUAGAUGGCGACCGAAAAUGGAGUCUGCAACCACUUAUACGUCAUGCGGAGCAUUCUCACAGCCGGAUGCCGGGGAUUAGAAGAAUUCCACUUCGAGCGAUUGGUAUCAUCUUGUUCAUUGCCUUCCUGAAUAUGGUUGUAUGGAUUGCUGCUGCAAUCGUGUUGGUCAUUGGUGUCUACCGCUGUUCUAGCCUAUACACUUGGUUUGAGACAUGCAUUCGAUGCAGACCACAUAUCUGUAUCUAUGCCCUUCCUGCCAUUGAUCUAAUGACCCGACGCCUACUCGCCACUGGCCAAAGACCUGUUACAGUGGGGACAUUUUUCUCAUUGGGCCAUUCGACGAUUGUCAUAAUCACAUCUAUUGUUGUGGCAGCCACGGCAGCUGCGGUAUCAUCGAGAUUCGGUAGCUUCAGCACUAUUGGCGGAAUCAUUGGCAGCUCUGUCAGUGCGGUCUUCUUGAUUCUGCUUGGCUUGAUGAAUGGGUACAUAUUGUACAAACUCAUCAAACAGAUGCAAAAGGUUUUCAGCCUGCCAAUGUACCCAUUGGGAAUUCUUUUCGGACUUGGGUUUGAUACCUCGUCUGAAAUUGCAUUACUCGGUAUCUCGUCGAUUGAAGCAGCAAAGGGAACUUCCUUUUGGGUGAUUCUAAUUCUCCCAGCUCUGUUCACUGCGGGAAUGUGUUUGCUAGACACAACAGACGGCGCCCUCAUGUUCUCGCUCUACAUUCAACCCUCGGCCAACUUCCUGCCACCCAAACCUCCCAAUACCACAUCGGACGCGACCUCUACCACUAGUGACGGCGAGGAACUGCCGCAAUCGCACGACAACCACCGAGAUCCCAUCGCCUUUCUCUACUACUCGAUUGUCCUAACUUCAUUGACUGUUAUGGUGGCCAUCGUGAUUGGAGUCAUUCAACUUCUCACAAUGAUUUUGAAUGUGACGCAUGCCAAAGGCAAGUUCUGGGAUGGUGUCCAAACAGCAGGGGAUUAUUACGAUGUCAUUGGUGGGUCUAUUUGUGGCUGUUUUAUCAUAUUCGGCGGUUUCAGCGUUCUGCUCUAUAAACCAUGGCGACGAUGGAUGACUCGGCGGCAUGGCCGGAGUGUGGUUAUUGAUGAAGAAGAGUAUCGGGACGAUGCUCUGGGCGGUGGGGAACCGGUCUGUGAGGUCUUUGAUGGGUCAUCUGAAGAAGAGCAGCAAUGCCCGACUGAAACUGCUGGUAAAGGGACUGUCUCUCAGGUUGCGGUGAAGCCCACGGGUGAGCCGCGACUCGAGGAUGAGAUCGUCUAG